AUGACUUUCCAGUACCAAGACCAGCUACAAAAGCUACCCAUUCCAACCUUAGAAGAGACUUGUGGUCAAUAUCUCAAAGUACUUAAACCUCUUCAAAAUGAAAAGGAACAUGAAACCACCAAGGCAGCCGUGGAAAAGUUCCUCAAGGACGGCACCGGAGCUUACUUGGAUAGCGAAUUGCGCAAGUACGCCGAGACCAGAAACUCUUACAUUGAACAAUUCUGGUAUGACUCGUACUUGAAUUACGACUCCCCGGUGGUUUUAAACUUGAACCCUUUUUUCCUCUUGGAAGAUGAUCCGUUCAACAACGAGACCAUGUCGGUGAAUCCACAAGUAAAAAGAGCAGCGUCGUUGACUUUAUCCUCUUUGAAGUUUAUAAGGGCUCUCAAGAACGAGACACUUUCCGUUGACAAGUUGCGUAACAAGCAACCAUUGUGCAUGUAUCAGUACUCUAAGCUUUUUGGCGCUUCGAGAAUUCCCACCACCGAUGGUUGCAUGAUGCAAACAGACCCCAAAUCGAAUCAUAUUGUCGUGAUGAGCAAGUCUCAAUUCUACUGGUUUGACGUUUUGGACCUGAACAAUGAUUUGAUCAUGUCUGAACAAGACUUGGUGUUAAACUUUACCUCAAUUGUUCAAGAUUCUCUAAGCACUUCGAUCAGCGAAGUUGCCAAAUCUUCGUUUGGUGUGUUGACCACGGAAAACAGACGCAUUUGGGCAAAAAUUAGAAACUCGAAAACCAUCAAAGACAACGAGAAUAACCGUGAAGUUCUCUCCAUUAUCGAUUCUGCCUUGUUCAUUUUGUGUUUGGAUGACAUUAAGCUUCAUGACUUAUCUGAUCUUGCCAAGAAUAUGCUUUGUGGCUUGUCUAUCUUGGAUAAAGGAGUGCAAGUGGGAACAUGUACCAAUAGAUGGUACGACAAGUUGCAAAUUAUUGUCACCCAGAACGGUAAAGCCGGUAUCAAUUUUGAGCAUACUGGUGUCGAUGGCCAUACAGUUUUGAGAUUUGUGAGUGACAUUUACACUGAUUCUAUCUUGUCUUUCGCAAGUUCAAUCAAUGGCAAUGCGCCAUCACUCUGGGUUGAGGACAACAGAAAGUUCUCUUCAACAGAGGAGGAUUUGGUUACGGUUCCAAGGAAGAUUGAAUGGGACGUUACUCCUGAUCUCUCUCUUGCAUUGCGUUUUGGUGAGACAAGGUUGUCUGACUUGAUUAACCAGAAUGAGUUCAAGCACUUGGAAUUCAAGAACUACGGCUCUUCUACAAUUAAGAAGAAUGAAGUAUUCCCCAGAUGCAUUCGUCCAAAUGGCUUUCCAGGCAAACUUAUUAUGCAUUAUAUGGUAAGGUUGAAUGCACUUACGAGCCUGCUAUGA